AUGCAAUCGACCCCUUACUUUCCUUCAACUGGGUACAAAAUUUUGGUCCCACCGCCAGGAUACGUUCCCAUUAGAACACCUGCUCGCAAAUUAAUGGCUACUCCAACGUCUAUGGGUUGUGAUGGAUUUAUGAUGUUGGAGGAGGAUCGAAAUCAAACUUAUGACCUACCCGCUGAAAUUCCAGGUGUAGGCAAUUUGCCAUUUCUAAAGAAGACAUGCAACACUUUGAUAAAGAACGGAACCCCGCCCAUGAGAAAGACGCCACUUCGGCAAAUAACUGACAAAGCUCGAGAUUUUGGUGCAGGCCCUCUAUUUAAACAAAUCCUUCCACUUUUGAUGUCGCAAAAUUUAGAUCAGGAAAGACAUUUGUUGGUUUUGGUUCGUCCUUAUGUUCAUAAGAUCCUUGUGGUUAUUGAACCGCUCUUGAUUGAUGAAGAUUAUUUCGCACGAUGUG